AUGCCAUCCCGCCGGCCGGGCAUGGCGUCAGAUGCUCUUGCUCGUGCGGCGUUUGCUCUUGCCGAGUCCAGCCACGAAGUGGUCCCGGGCGGCCAGGUGCCAGCGCUACUCCGAGCCGUCGCGGCGUUGGCUGAAGGCGGAGCCGGCCCCGAGCGCCAGGGGCGGCGUUGGCGCUCCCCAAUGCCUCCCUCACCCCGCUUGCGGGCCCAUCCCUAUCGGCGCCCUCCUGGCCAUCCCCCUCAGCAGAGGCUGAGUCGCCAGCGAGCGCUUUGCGUCGAGCAGCGCGUGUCGAACGUGGGGACGUGCUUGGCGCUAGUGGCGGACGUGCUAGACCAGCUGGGCGCUUAUCAGAUCCCGAUGCAGUGCGAUGCCUUCGAUGAUGUCGGCCCCAGAGCAGUUGGAGGCAGUGGCUUCAACGAUGCAGAUCUUGCACAUGUUGCCUGA